AUGGACGAGAGAAAGCGUCUAUGGAGACCUGGAAGGUUCGACGUGGUAUGUUACGCCCACUUUCUCGCUAGUGACUACAAGACGACGCUGUUAGGUGACAGAUCACGUCUAAAGGAAGAUGCAGUUCCUUCAAUUUUCACAUUUACUUCAAGUUAUGAAGAGUCGCCACGAGAAAAACGAUUCAAGAAGAGGCAAACACAGCCAGAAAAUGUACCAGUAAUUUCUUUUCAGGAGACUGACUGUCUGCAAGAAGUAGAGGUAAAAAGUACUGAACCAGAAGUUCCUGUUGACUGCGAUGACUAUCAAGAUCAAGAGCGUGUACUGCAAGACCAAGGCAUACAGUGUGAAAUCCCAACAUUUGGAAAGUUAUCAGUUGAAAGUUUAAUGAAUAAUGAUAAAAUCAUUAACUUCUACACUGGGUUCCAAGAUUACAACCACUUUAUGAUGUUUUUUCACUGCCUUGGACCCAGUGUAGAUGAGCUCACAUACCAGUGUUCCUUACUCCAUCCAAAAGACCAGUUAUUUAUGACUCUAAUCAAACUUAGACAAGACAAAGAAGAUCUUGAAUUGUCAAUGCUCUUUAAUGUGUCUGAGUCCACAGUAUCUAGAAUAAUUAUUACGUGGAUAAAUUUCAUGUAUUUCCAAUUAAAAGAGAUCAAUAUUUGGCCAGCUCCAGCCGUCAUCCAUGAAUACAUGCCUCAAGACUUUAACUCAAAAUUCCCGAACACCAGAGUUAUACUAGACGCUACUGAGAUACCUAUUGAAAGGCCGUCCCAUGUUAACUGUCAGAGUGUGACUUGGUCCAAUUACAAACACAAAAACACACUCAAGACAAUGAUUGGUUGCAGUCCAAAGGGUGCCAUAACCUUCAUUUCUGAUUCCUACGGGGGCUCUGCUUCUGAUAGACAGAUUAUUGAAAAAUCUUGUCUUUUAGAACCUACAUUAAAUCUCUUUGAAAAGGGUGAUUCCAUCAUGGCUGAUAGGGGGAUUAUGGUUCAGGAUUUAUUUGCUAACCAAGAUGUUCAUAUUAAUACCCCAACACUGCUAAAGGGAAAAUCCCAAUUAGAUCCAGACGAAGUGGUUCAUGAUAGAAGAGUGGCGUCUAAAAGAAUCCACAUUGAGAGAGUUAUCGGUUUGUCAAAGAGUUUCAAAAUACUGAAGCAUGGGAUUUCUAAUAGUAAACUUCAGUUAGGGUCACGCAUCAUAUUUAUUUGUUUUGCCAUAUCAAACUUCAGGAGAAAUAUUGUUCCAAAGAAUGCAUAA